AUGGCAUUGCUCGAUCACCUGCUGAAGACGCUCAUACUGCUUGUCGCUGCUAUAUUUACGAUCAUUCGUUCAACACUCGCUAACCGAGGUCGCCGCAACGCGCAAAAGCAGGACCCCGAUUCUCCCAAUGCCAUGAUGGUGGACCCUGUCGACAAUGCCACACACGUCGUCGAUGUCAACGGCCCGCUCGAGAGGGACUCUGUAACUGAGAUCACGCCUGAUACCCUUGCCGACGAUGCUGAGCCGGCGCCACCCAUGCCUUUAGCCAACGACUUUGAGGCUAUCAAGGAGCUUGUUAUGACGCCGUUGCAAGAAGAGCCUAAAGUCAUAGAGGAUGCCUAUAACACAUGGACGGUAGAGAAUUGGAGAAGCUUGUCUAAGAAGGAGCACGGCCCAAUAUUUCAAGCAGGCGGGUUCCCAUGGUACGCAAGCCCCUCCUCCAGGAUGCCUCUUGGGAUUCACGAGAGCUCGAUGCUGACAAGGGAAUUAAUUUACAGGCGCAUUCUACUAUUCCCCCACGGCAACAAUACGUCAAACGUCGCAAUAUACCUCGAGCAUGGUUUCGAGCCGGACAAGAUUCCAGAGGACUGGAGCUGUUGCGUUCAGUUUGCGCUUGUUCUUUGGAACCCCAACGAUCCUUCCAUCUAUGCGCAUCACACGGCGCACCAUCGAUUUACCAAGGACGAGGGUGACUGGGGUUUCACGAGGUUUCAAGAGCUUAGUAAACUCUUCAACGUUCCCUACGAUGACGCUAACCGGCCGCUGAUUGAAGACGAGACGGCGAACAUCACCGCAUAUGUGCGGAUCUUGGAGGACGAAACUGGUGUCAUGUGGCAUAGUUUCGCCAACUACGACUCCAAGAAAGAGACUGGCUAUGUCGGCCUCAAGAAUCAAGGUGCAACAUGCUACCUCAACUCUCUGUUGCAGUCCCUCUACUUCACCAAUGCUUUCCGCAAGGCCAUCUAUCAGAUACCUACAGAGCAGGAAGAAAGCAUAAAUAACAGUGCUUACACCCUCCAGCGGUUAUUUUAUCAACUGCAAACCUCGUCAAACGCUGUAGGUACAGCUGAGCUUACCAAAUCAUUCGGAUGGGAAACGCGGCACAUCUUUGAGCAACAGGACGUGCAAGAGCUCUCCAGGAAGCUCAUGGAGCGCAUGGAGGAGAAAAUGAAGGGGACAGACGCCGAGAAUCUUCUGCCUGAGCUCUUCAGUGGCAAGAUCAAAACUUACAUCUCUUGCAUACACGUUAAAUACGAGUCGAGCCGGAUCGAGGAUUUCUGGGAUGUACAGUUGAACGUGAGCAAGAUGGGCAACCUGCUUAACAGCUUCCAGGAUUACGUCUCUGUCGAGAAGAUGGAGGGUGAGAACAAGUAUUUUGCCGGUGAUGAGUACAAACUGCAGGAGGCAAACAAGGGCGUUAUUUUCAUGAGUUUCCCUGACGUUCUGCAUCUGCAGCUCAAGCGUUUUGAGUAUGACUUUACCAAGGACGCCAUGGCAAAAGUUAACGAUCGCUACGAGUUUCCUGAGGUAUUUGACGCUGCACCGUACCUCUCGGAGGACGCCGACAAGUCGGAGCCUUGGAUUUACCAGUUACAUGGUGUGCUUGUGCAUAGUGGUGACCUCAAUGCGGGUCACUACUACGCAUUUCUGAAGCCAGACAAGGAUGGCUGGUUCUACAAAUAUGACGAUGACAAGGUCACCAAGGCGACCAAGAGGGAGGUACUUGAGGACAAUUUUGGAGGACCCUUCCAGUACAGCAACGGCAUCCGCCCGCAAGGACAAAAGAAAGUUGCGAUGAGGCCUAACAGUGCAUACAUGUUGGUGUACUUCCGUCAAUCGCGGCUUGACAAGAUUUUGACGCCAGUUACGCACGAGGAUAUUCCACGUCACAUUGAAACCGGAUACCUUGAGGAGGCAUCCGCCAGGGAGGCGAAGAGGAAAGAGCGUGAAGAGCAGCACCUCUAUCGCUGGAUCAAAGCCGUCACGCCGUCUUCAUAUCAAGCACACAAUGGGUUUGAUCUUACGAAUUUUGAUGCAGUCUCCUCACAGACGACAGAUCCUUCACCGGGUGCCCCCAAACUAUACAAGGUACUUCGGACGGCAACCAUGGAACAAGUCACUGAGAUCAUCGCCAAAGAUCUUGGGCAGGAUCCCGCGAGAGUCAGGCUAUGGCUAAUGGUCGGCCGUCAAAACAAGACGGUUCGUCCUGACCAGCCCAUCAUGGACUUGCGGCCGACCUUGGACGAGACCUAUUCAAGAUUAGCGACACAGAGAGAAGAUUCUUUGCGCCUGUGGGUUGAGUUUGCUGAAGAGAUGGGUGAAAAUGGAGAGGCCGCUUGGCCAACAUACCAAGGCCCCUCACCCACAGGUGUUAUUUUCAAGAACGACCUUAUUCUUCUUUUCAUCAAGUGUUUUGACGCUGAAGCACAAUGUCUCACUGGUCUUGGUCAUGUGUACAUCAGCAGGGAAAAGAAGGUUGACGACCUGAUUCCCCACAUUCUGAAGAAGAUGGGCCUGGAGAAGCUUCCAAGUGACGAGAAGAUACUUCUAUGGGAAGAAAUCAAACCCGGCAUGAUCGAGAGCCUUAAGGGCAAGCAAUCGCUCAAAGCCGCGGAGCUGCAGGACGGAGACAUCGUGUGUGUCCAGCGCAAAAAGGAAACUGGUUCACAAAACUUCCUAGAAAAGAGGUUAAGCAGCGACACUCGUUCGACUGAUGACACCUCAAGAAAGACGGAGAACUUUGAGGACGCAAAGGAGUACUACGAGUUCCUGGUCAACAGGAAAACGGUCAAGUUUAACGCACACCCUACAAAGUGUGACCCGAACGAGUACCCGCCAUUCGAAAUGGUCCUGAACUCAAAGAUGACGUACGACCAGCUUGCAGAGAAAUUGGGCGAACGCCUUGGAGUUCCAGAGACGCACUUGAGGUUCUGGACUCUUCACGGGACCACAGGACUGCCUCGAACGGCGGUCAAACGUGGACCGCAACAGACUCUGAAUACUAUCCUCAACCCUGCUGGUUUCAGCCAGUUGAACUCAGCGCAGCGCAAUGAUGCUCUUUAUUUUGAGAUUCUGGAUAUGAGCCUUGCAGAGCUUGACACCAAGAAGAAUGUCAAGAUCACAUGGCUUAGUGAAGGAAUUGUCAAAGAGGAACACUAUGAUUUACUUGUAACCAAGAGCGGUGUUGUUGAGGAUAUCAUUGAGGCGCUCAUCAAAAAGGCCAAGCUCAAGUCAGAAGAAGAUGGCGGCGAGAUCCGUCUGUAUGAGGUCAAUGGCCACAAAUUUACAAGAGAACUUCCGCGAGAGUAUCCAGUCAUAAGCCUCAACGACUACCUAACGCUGGUUGCGGAGCGUGUACCAGAGGAGGAGCUGGACGCCAAGGAUCAGGGCCAGUUUGUUUAUGCUUUCCAUUUCCAGAAUGAGCCUAACAGGAUGCACGGAAUGCCGUUCAAAUUCUUGCUCAAAUCGGGAGAGCCAUUCUCGGAGACCAAGAAAAGGCUUGAGAAAAGGACUGCUAUCCGCGGCAAGAACUUUGAAAAAAUCAAGUUCGCCAUAGUACGGCGAUCGUCGUACUCAAGACCUCAAUACAUAAAUGAUGACGAUGUGUUGUGGGAUAUCCUUCAACCGGAAGACGAGUACCUGGGUCUUGAUCAUGCAGAUAGGUCACGAUCUUUGCGAAACGGCGUUGGCGACCUCUUUUUGAGGUAAACUGGCGUGGGGAGUUCCAUGAUAAACAUGUUGACUCGAUUUCUCUGCCGGUGUCUAUUGUGCUGUCCUACUCCCACGAGGAUUGCCAAGACAUCGGAAUUCGUAUCCGAUUUCAACAGUAGUGACACAAAUCAGAAACGUCACGGAUUAAGAAUAUUAUGUCUUUUUCUUUUUCCUUCCAGCAAACACAUUGGACUUCUCGCUUUCAUUCUCAGCAAAGCUUUCCAUUAUAAUUCGUGUCUUCGUCUCAUUAGGUUCUUUGGCUCCGGGACACUACGAAGUACAUGAAUUACACAUAUUGGGGUCGAUGCGGCCAUGGAUGAUGGGCAAAGACAGCGAAUAGCAAACCUUGAGGAUUCUUUCUCUUUUCCUGGGAGCAUGAUGUUUGGUGCAAGAGGAGUUAAGAACUCUGCUGUUGACUAUCGAAAAGGAGCACAUUUUUGCCAGGUCUUUUUUUGUCUGCGUUCUUUUUGUUGGCUGUAUGCGGCAUGCUUGUAAUUGCUUCGUCGCCUCUUUUUUCUUCUUACGUAUGCUGAAGCGGGGUAGAGAAUACAGAAUUGAUGGACGAUGGUGUUGCUAAUAGGAAUAUGCAUGACUCACGGAGAAUAUAUACCUACCCAGGUAGUUAUGAGAUGGACUAGCUUGGAAACGAACAGACGAGUUUAAUUAUAGUCUGGUA